CAGGAAACCAGGAAGCGCAAGACCUACAUAUAAAACUCAUCCACUCGAUGGCUUCACCCACAUCCUUACCCCCACCCGCGCCCAGACCAACAGCAUGGGAAGCACUACAGUCUUUCAACCUCAAUGACAGUCUUCAGGAUAGAUUCGCAAGAGUGCCCUCUCAGAGGAAGGCAUUGAUGUUUGGCAUGGCCGGAGGAACAUGCAUCGGUGGCCUCCGGUUUAUUUCAACGAGACGGGGAUGGUCAUCGGCCAACUGGGGCGUCUACUCGUUCGUAUUCUUAUCAUCGAUAUCCUACUAUCAACUGAGUCAAAAACGACAGACCGAGGUCGAACAGAUCCAGCAAGUGGUCACCAAAAUGAAUCAAGUCAAACCUAGUCCUAAGCUGACAGCCAAUCUGGCCUCCGAAGGCGAGAGACUCACUGAAGAAAAAUCGGAAUCAACUGGCGAUCAAAAUCUGAAUAAAAAGAAGUCUUGGCUAUGGUGAUUCUAGCUCAAUCGAUCUGGAUUCUGUAAUCUACCUUACAAGAAGCAUGUAUCACAAAUAUUGUAAACUUGAUCAAUUCACCAGCAUUUCAUACAUACAUCCAAAUCACCACGACAUCUCGCUCUUGACUCUGUGUUAAAAACCUUCUUGGAAUUCAGUUAAUUCGCGUUAAUUUAGAAACCAAUAUCCGAACAAAUUUAUGGAGAGCAAGAAAAGAACGACCUCGAUUGAAAACAAUAAAAACAGCUCGCCCUUAGUCAAAUCAUCACUUUUCGACGGAGACUAGAAGAAAAAGAGAAGGAGAAUUUUUCUAGAAGAAGGCUACAGGAAGAAUUUAAUGUUGAAAUUGAAAUUUCUGUUCAAUCAAUUUUACCAAAUUGUGAAGAACAGUUGAAUAAUGAUCCGAAUACCAAGUUGUAAGAACAAAUCCUGCUGAUCUUUUCAGGAUGAGGGGAUCUUCCUUAACUUGAGAGAAAUACACUAUUAAUUGUAAUUGAACCAUCUGAAAGCCUUCACAAACUCCAUUUCUUGCAUCCUCCCAAGGUGCCAGAUCUCCCUUAAUUUUG